GUCGGUACCAAUCCUGGUCGUAACAUCAGGUCUCCCCUCCCAAGGCCAAGUCCCGUGGCCGUAUAACCUGUCCGCCCGAUUUCCGCGUCCUCCGUUCGUCGUGAACGCCUGGCUGAAACCAUUGUUCUUGAGGGUUUCGAAGUCAUGCCGUGUUCUUCCUGUAAGGCCCGCGGCCACUCGUGUCGCAUGAUCUCAUCGAAUUCUCGAUGUAGCGAAUGUGUUCGUCGUGGUCGGAAGUGUGAUGCUACUUCCGUUCCUAUAACCAAUUUGGGUCGAUUGAAUCAAGAAAAGAAAAAGUUGGAGUUGCAGGAGUCUGAGGUCGAGUAUUCGUUCAACGUCGUAGGUUUGUUCUGCGUCGAUUUCGAUUGUUUCUUGUGUGCUGGUGCCGUGUGGUGCCGGCUCCAGUAGUGAUACGUGAAAUGUGGGGUGAAUUUUCACGGUGUCUGGUAAUGACAGUCUGUAGUUGGUGUCGCUGAUUUUCUUACUGAUUUUAAAAGGUCCAAGUUUCUUGAAAUCAAGCUUGCUGUUUGGUCGUUGUGUUUUGAUAUUGCGUCGAAUGAGGUAGACGCUAUCUCCCUCCUUGAAGGAUGGUCCCUUCAUCCGAUGCUGAUUGGCGUAUUUCAUCAUUCUUUCUCGUACGAACUCUAGUUCCUGCUGGAGUUCUUGGUGUAGUUGUCGUAGCUCGCUUGCUUGUUUCUCGGCUCGCGGUGCCGUAGUCGUGGUUCUUGGUUCUCCAUAAGCCGUAGGGUUGAAUCCGUAGUUGGCAUAGAACGGGGUUGUCUUGGUACUCUCGUUUUCUGAGCUGUUGUAAGCGAAUUGUGCCGUGGGUAGUAGCCGUACCCAAUUGUCUUGUUUGUGGUUCACAUAGCAUCUUAG